CAAAUGGGUGCACAAUGCUGAAAGCGGAAGGUCACAGUAAGGCCUAAGGAUAGCUACACGAAUAUUAUCGAGAACAGUCAGCUCAAUAAGGUUUAUGAAAGAACACAAAUGCUUAGGAAAUAAGAUAGAGAAGAAAACAACACUGAAAGAACAGAAUUCAAAUGUAAAUGAGAAGAACAACAGAGCUUUUGGGUCAACAGUUGAUAGUAAUUUACGCUACGAAGGAAGUAUCCAGAGUGAAGAAGAAUGUAUUAAGAAGCUUGGAGCCAUCCGGAAGACCUACCACUUCAGGUUCAGGGACAGUGGUGCCAAGGAACUCACUGAGGACGAAAAGGAAAUAUUUGAGUACCAUAAGUUAGAAUUAUUAGGCCAGGGAGAGAUCUCUGAUGUCUAUUGAGCCAUUAAUCUGACCACCCAAGAGCCGUUUGUAAUCAAGACUUUUUGAUUUCCUGAGAAAGAAGUGUUGAUGUACCACAAGCCAAUGCUAGAAGCCAUAAAACAUAUGCAGAAGGAAUUAAAAAGUUAUCCCAUGUUCUGACCUUACCACCAGCUCUAUCUUGAUGAGCACGAAAAGGAUGAAGAUAUAGAGGCUGAGGCUGAGGCUGAGGCUGAAGCUGAAGGAGAAGGCGAGCUAGAGUCAGGCACAUCCCUCACUCUUACAAUGGAUUAUAUGCAGGAAUCAAUUCAAAUUUCAGAAUCUCUUGAGAAUUGAGAAGCAUUCAGUGAGAAAAUCAUUCGAAGACUUGUAGUCAAGGUAAUGAGAGCACUAGCGAUUUUACAAGAGAAAGGUCUCUACCAUGGACGAUUGAACUGUAAUAAUGUAUAUGUUGAUCAGAACUGGAACAUUAUCAUGGUAGAUUAUGGACUCAUGAACGCACUAAGGGUUAAAAAUCCCUUGACAACUGAAGAAGGGAUUCGAUUAGAUAUACUAGCAAUGGGAAUCAUGAUUCUAGACAUGCUUGGUAUCUCAUUUGAGAAGUUUGAUGAAACCGUGUAUAAUGAAAAGAACGUUCCACCUAACCUGAUCAGCUUCCUUGAUACAUGAUUUGAGGGUAGUAUAGAGCUAGAUGACCUAUUCAUUCAUCCUUUCAUACUGUAUGAUGAGAAUGGAGUGCAGGCUUCCCCUGUUUCCUCUCAUCGCACUUUGGAAGAAUCUGAAACUAAAAAUCGUCUGAAUCCAGGAUCAUUUUCAUCAAAGAAUAGUUUCCCUGGCUUUGCAAGAAAAUUUCUGACAAAUGGAUCAAUGACUUCAACUAAUAAACAGUCAGAGCCUGAAAGAGAAAACCCUAUAGGGUCACCUAGGAGAAGCAACAAUAAGAAUAUAUUUUAUCGUCAUUACAGUAAAGGGAAUGAAAUUCUAAAGAAAGAUGGGCAGAAUAAAUAUAGCAUUGUCAGCAAUCCAAAUGAUAAUGAGUUAGGCCACUUUUCUUACUACUGACAUGAAGACUCCAAGGGUGACAAAGUGGAAUUCAGAAAUAGCAAGCAAGUGCAUCUCAAGGAUGACCCAACGGAAUCUGAUUUAGAUAGUGCAACUACUCCAAUAGCUACUUCAGAAAUGAAGACUGAGUUUAGGGAGAGGUUCCAAGAUGCACCUGCCAAAGUCAAAAGAAUUACAAUGCAAUCACAAGAAAGAGUAGAAGGAGGGAAGCAGAGGAACACCAUGAUCCAACCCUCACUCAAACAGCUUACCGUUCUUGAAGAGGCAUCAAUCUCUAUGGAGCAGUCUCGAGAGAUAGAGACAGAAUCUGAUAGGAAGGAUAAGAUAUGAGCUCCUCUCACAGCCCAAAACGAUCCUGCAGUGGUCAUAACUGAGCAGGGCGAUAAACAGUAA